AUGAACUUCCAGGUGACAGGCCUGAACCUGGACAAGAUGAAGCUGGAUAGUCCACAGUCCUUCCUGGAUGUGGAGGAGGUGGAAGAGGCAGAGGAUCAGCAGCUGCUGGACCCGGAGGCUUGGAGGACCUACAUGGAGCGCCGUAAUGUGCUGCGGGAGUUCCUGACCGCAGACCUGAGCCCCCACCUGCUCAAGCGCCACCAUGCCCGCAUGCAACUCCUCAAGAAAUGCUCCUACUACAUCGAGAUUCUCCCCAAACACCUGGCCUUGGGUGACCAGAACCCUCUGGUGCUGCCCAGCACCAUGUUCCAGCUCAUUGACCCCUGGAAGUUCCAGCGCAUGAAGAAGGUGGGCACAGCACAGACUAAGAUCCAGCUCCUGCUGCUUGGGGACCUGCUGGAGCAGCUGGACCGUGGCCGUGCACAGCUGGACACCCUGCUGGAAUCACCCGAUCCACGACCCUUCCUGGCUGGUUGGGGGCUUGUGGAGCAGCAGCUGGCCGACUUGUCAGCCGUCAUGGACAACUUCCUGGCCAUGAUGGUGCCAGGACGACUGCACAUCAAGCACCGCCUGGUGUCCGACAUUGGGGCCACCAAGAUCCCACACAUCCGGCUCAUGCUGAGCACCAAGAUGCCUGUCAUGUUCGACCGGAAGGAGUCAGUGGCUCAUCGGGACUGGGUCAGCCUGCGCUGGUUUGUCACCGUCCAGCCAGCUGCGCCAGAGCAGUUUGAGCUGCGCUUCAAGCUGCUGGAGCCCCGGACACAGCAGGAGUGCACACAGUGUGGCAUGGUCCCUGUGGCUGCCUGUACUUUCGAUGUCCACCACCUGCUGCCCAACCGCACCUACAAGUUCACCAUCAAGAGGGCAGAAAGCUACACGCUGGUGUACGAACCCUGGCGGGACAGCCUCACCCUGCAGACCUUGCCAGGGCCCCGAGGGGCCACCCCCAGUCACAGCCUCACCUUGCAGACCUCACUGGGGUCUCGAGGGGCCACCCCCAGUCACAGCCUCACCCUGCAUACCACUCCGGGGCCCCCCAGAGCUGGGCAAGUCCAGCUGCCCCUGAUUGCACCUUCCGAGAGAUGA